CGAACAAGGACGGCGACUGGUUUUUGCGAACGGGGAUCGAGAAUAUAUAAUAUCGACACACUGCCUCCAGUGCAGCAGCAUCCAUUUGUUGUGAUUUUCCACAUUUAAUUAACGAAACCAAUUCCUCUGAUUGCGCCUCGCCGAUCAGGAUCAGGGGAAGGAAGCAGCAGGAAAGCAAAGGAUGAGGAUCGCCAUUGUCGGCGCCGGCGUUUCCGGCCUCGUUUCAGCCAAGUAUUGUCUGGCGUUCGGACAUGAAAUUUCCGUUUUCGAACAGACCACCAACUACGGUGGAUGCUGGAACUAUACAGAUGAAAUUGGGGUGGACGAGAAUGGACUUCCGGUCCACAGCGCCAUGUAUCAAAACUUGAAGACGAAUUUGCCGAAGGAGAUUAUGGUUUUCGAAGGAUUACAAUACAGCUUGGAUUUGACAAAAUCUUAUAUAAAGCAGUCGGAUGUUCUGGAUUACAUCCAGAAGUACGUGGAAAAAUUCGAUUUGGAGCCGCACAUAAAGUAUUUGAAACUUGUGAAAAAGAUUAAGCCGCACCUGGAGACCAAAUGGAAGGUGACGGUGAUGGACGCAAAGACGAAAACGGAAGAAACGCUGGAGUUCGACGCGAUUAUGGUCUGCAAUGGUCAUUUCUUCCACAGGCGGUUACCGCUCAUACCGGGAAUGGAUGCUUUUAUCGGAAAGCAGAUGCACAGCCAAGACUACAAAAGCCCAGAACCGUACAAGGGUAAAACCGUCGUCGUGGUUGGAGCUGGGCCCUCGGGCAUAGACAUAGCCAAGCACACGGCAACCACCGCCAAAAAGGUAAUCAUGAGCUACAGAACGAAAGCCUGGGGAACCCCCGAAGCCGACAACAUCGAGAAGAGGCCGCAGAUCGAGCAGAUCCUCGAAAACGGAUGUCGUUUCUCCGAUGGCAGUGAAACCGAGGCCGACGUGAUUAUCUACUGCACUGGAUAUGAAUACUAUUUGCCAUUUUUGGAUGCUGAUAGUGGUCUUGUGGUGGAAGACAACUGGGUGAAAUACGUGUAUCGUCACCUGGUGAACAUUGAGCGACCGACGAUGGCAAUAGUCGGCCUGACUUAUGGAAACAGUCUAUUCCCGAUGAUAGACUUAAUGGCCAGAUACUUUCUUAAGCACCUGGCUGGGGGAUUCUCGCUGCCAGACAAGGAAACUAUGCUAGAAAGCGCGUUUGAUGAACAGAGAUACAGGCACUCCCUGGGUUGGCCACCGAGGUUCGCCCACAAGAACCCCGACCACGGCGAACACUUGUCCGGAAAAAUGUCCAAGGAGGCUGACAUCAAGCCGAUACCGAAUGCCAUCUUCAAGCUGCACCGGAGGAUCUCCGAGUCCCGCUUCGACGAGGACUGCUUCCGCAUCGUGGAUGACGAGAACUUCGUCCAAGUUCAAUGAUUAACAUCAUAAUAAAUAGGAAAUUCCCAUUUUUCAUUUUUAUUUUCUCAAUAAAUAGUACCAAGGUCGAUGAUGUAUGA